GCUUUGAGUCACGUGACACCGCCGCUGAAUCGCGCAACUCAACGGUCUGAGCGGAUUGGAACCGAAUCUUCGGACAAACCCGCCGCGUUUACCGAACCGCCGUCAUCCUCUGCCUCGUGACACACAUCUCAUCAUGUCGGCGGUGCAGCGUAUGAAAAUCGCGAACGAAAAACACAGUAAGACGAUCACACAGAGGGGACACGUCCAGAAAACCACGCGGGUGGUGAAUGAAGACAAAUCUCCUGUGGGUCCGUGGCUGCUCGCGCUCUUUGUGUUCGUGGUGUGUGGUUCAGCGAUCUUUCAGAUUAUCCAGAGUAUCAGACAGGGCAUGUAAGCGCUGACAUCACCUGCAGACAUGUGAAGCUACUCUGAACAUCACGGCCGCUUUCUCAAUCUUCUACACUGAAAUGUUUUCUUCUGUGCUCAUGAUUUCUGUUUGUGAGUGCAUUUGUGUCAUGAUUCAUGAUGUAGUGUGUGUGUACGAAACAUCUGUUCAUAACUGCUGUCAGCCUCAUAUUUUAUCACAAUCUCCUGUUUUAAUUCUACUGAUGUGUUUUAUUUUGAAUGAAACAUUCAUGAGAUUUUGUAUAAAUUCACAGAAAUGGCCAUGUGUACAUUCACACAUUAAAAGCCAUACGGUUUCUUCCUCGCUGUUACAGGACAUUGAUGCUGUGUAAUGAUGAUUUUAUACAAAUAAAAGGUAUUUUCUC